AUGGCGUCGCAUGGCCUUAACCGUGAUCCUGUCCACCAUUUCCUCACCGAAAGCUAUUCAAUAUGCACAGAGGCUCUCUUCAUUAUUAACUCACUGCCGAAUGUAGAGCUGGCUGCAGUGGAACGUGCAGUUCAUCAGCUCUAUGCUGUCCGCACUGUAUUCCUUUCCCUCGAUGAUCCUCAUCUUCAAUCUGAAGAUAUUAAUACAUCUGACAGCCUGGAAACCUUUCGCAAAAUAUUCACCUAUCUAGAGGAGCAAAACCUACUGGACAUGGAAAACUCGGUGCAUCGUAUAUGCCUGUUUUUAGUCUUCCAUCCGCGUAUUCAGGCAUCACUCAAUCGUACUCGAGAUGCUUGGAACCAUCACCAGCUGCGCACCGAGCAUUACAAGACACCUAUUGCGAUAUAUGAACUAAGCCGAGAGAAGGCUAUUCGACGAGGAUACUGGACUGGUGAUCCCGGUGAUCAUGCAGACCAAGUCCGUGGUGAUCCCCACUAUGGAGUCGAUGGUGAUAUUGAAAAUGACUACCCAUAUGCACCGCCCGAAGCCGUUCAGGAGCAGGAUCCAGCUGACACAGAAGUUAAUCAUGACGAAGACAUUGAUAUGGCAAGGAAGUUGAUGGGAGAUUUUGAUUUCGAAAGAGAUGAUUUGAAUUGGGGAAUAGAGGUGUACUGUGAGGUGGUAUCUAUUCUUACAGCCAUCCUGGCAUCAGCAAAUGAUUGUUCAGAUCACUCAGGCUCCGAAUGAUUUAGACUGGCUCAAAAUAUGCAAUGAUAAACCUGUUUUUAAGCUAUGUCUUGUAUGGAUAAUAUAAGUCUUUAUUCAUUGAGAAGGCUCCAAGCUGGGAUGCUUAUAUCUAAAAGGAUACAUAGAAUAUCAUUUAUAAAUACCUGUAUUCAUCCUCCUUCGAUCCGUUUAGGUGUUGGUGAACGCUGAAGUGAACGCGACCACGAGUGAUCUGCCGGGUGUUGCCGAUUUGCCGAGAAUAUGGCCGAGAAUUAGCACCCAACUUGUGCGACAUCGGCUACCCCUUGCCUUACUUGUGCGUGCCCUACAC